AUGGGAUCCAUCAUCGAGGAGGCUGUCACCAUCCCCUUCGAUGAGCAGAGUCAGCUGGUUCAGCUACAGAGCUCUAUACCGGGCUACCCUGCAAUCCCAAUGGACAACGACCCGGAAGUAAAAAACUUUCUCCUUCGAGAAUUAUCCACGGAAAGGCUGAGACGGCUAUACUGGAUGCUAUUCCUGGUAUCAAACCGGCACAACAUCAACCCGCUACACCAGCAAAUCUUCAACAGCCGGCGCAUCUGCAUCACCGAGCGUCCAGAUUUGCAUCUGGUCUGGUACUACGACCGAAUAUUCAUCAAGCCAGUCCCGAAGUUUCUCUUCAGUUACGGUGUUUGGACGGCGGCUAUCGAUGAGGCUCUGGAUAAAGAUGGUCAUCGGCUGAUCCUUGACGCGCUCGGCUUCCUUCGGACAUACUCCUCACUCAUUGUUCACGAAUCAGACUUCGAGAUUGCAAGAACGGAGAAGCUUCUACCUGACUUUGUCGACUGGGACAUAUGGUGUCUCUUCAUUCGAGGGUUUACCACCCUGCGGGAUAGGGAUGUCUCUUCACGGUAUCAUUAUGGGGAGAUCCGGCUCACGCGACUCAACCUGUGGCAUAGAGUAAUUCGGCUGAAGUCCUAUCAGAAGGUUCAUCACAACUACGCCACUUUUUUCGCGCGUUUUGGGGCACCCUACCUAUUUGUCUUCGGCGCCGCUACGGUUGUGCUGACUGCAUUGCAGACGGGACAUGACGCCUUCCCCGACCACCGUACAUACAUCAACAUUAUUUCCAAAUUUGUUCCAUUUACCUUGGCGCUGACUGCAGCCGGCAUCUGCUUUCUGCCUGCUCUGUUCUUGCUGUUCUGGGCCAAUGAACUGGCCCGCUUUAUCCUUUGCCAUCGUCACUUGUCAUAA